CGGUUGUUAUGGUGAAGCAUUUCCCUGGUGGGGCUGGCUGUGGCAGGAGCUCACACACAGCCAACAGCACAGGUCUCCUAUUUUCUGUCAGCAUGGACCGUGGAAACUGUGACUUACCUGAACGAAGAGAACCAACAUUGUACAUGGAAAUGAACAUAAUCCCUCUUAGAGUUGCAGCCAGAAGACUUGAAGUGUCCAACCCAGUUCCCUGGAGGAUCAGCCAAAUAAGUUGCCAGCUGCAAUGCAAUUUAUGGUGAUUUUUGAGUCAUCAGCAGUCACCACCAAAGGAUUUUUGAAAGUACUGCAUGUAUCAACUGCAGUAGACACUGUGUGAAUAUUUAAAUACCAUCUAGCAAGAUCUACAAGUGAGAGUGGCUCCUAUUUUGUAUCCAAGUCUUGAACACAAACACCACCAAUAUAAUUUACAAGCUCAAAUGAAACAUCUAACCGAGAGAGAAAUUGGAAUUCAAUGGUGGAUCAUUGGCCAAAUGUCCCAUCAAUGAAAGACAUGGAGGAGAGGAGGACUGGUUAUUGGUUGCAAUUCUCAGAUCGAAUGUUUUUUGUUUUGGACACAUGUUUCACUUUUCCUGCAUUGAUAGAAGUUCUGAUCUGAAAUAUGGGAAAGAGACACUGCAGUCAUUCUAUAUGUUCCUCCUUUCUGCAAUCAUGGAGAUAUGUGCCAUCCGAUUCCACUACAUAAGUUUGAAUCAUUGGUCCGACCACAGUGAGUUGCUAUCUGAGAUGUCCACCAUUGGGCGUCUGAGUGCCACUGAACGCCUCAAACAUGCCCAGAGGCGGCGUGCUCAACAACUGAAGGUGUGGGCCCAGAUGGAGAAGGAUGCAGCACGAGGCUCUAAGGCCCAAGCAGAUAAGAAGAAGAAGAAGCGUACAAGAAAAGUAACCUUCCCCAGUGCCACCACCCUUCUCGAUGCAGCCGCACGCAAUGACCUGGAUGAGGUGAGGGAGCUGCUCAACAGUGGCGUUAGCCCUGAUCUGGUCAAUGAGGAUGGACUGACGGCCCUCCAUCAGUGCUGCAUUGAUGACUUUGUGGGCGUGGUGCAAUGCCUGUUGGACGCCGGUGCUUGUAUCAAUGCCUGUGACAGUGAGCUGUGGACACCGCUGCAUGCUGCUGCCACCUGUGGGCACACUGGGCUGGUGCAACUCCUUAUUCAGGCUGGAGCCGACCUGACGGCCAUCAAUGCAGAUGGAGACAUGCCCCAUGACCUCUGUGAGGAUGAGGCCACACUCGAGCUUCUGGAGAUGGUCAUGGCUGAACAGGGGAUAACACAGGUGCGUAUAGAUGAAUGCAGAGGAGCUAAAGAGGCGGCCAUGCUUGCUGACAUCCGAGCUCUAGUUCAGAAUGGAGCUGACUUAAACAGUCAGGAUGAUAAUGGGACAACACUGCUACAUAUAGCAUCUGCCAAUGGAUACCUGUCUGUGGCCGAGCUGCUGCUGGAACACAAGGCUCAGGUGGAGGUAAAGGACUGUGAUGGGUGGACGCCGUUGCAUGCUGCCUCCUGCUGGGGACAAAUCCAAAUGGUGGAGCUGCUGGUGGGCCAUGAAGCCAGCUUAGAUGCAAAGUCUAUCCUGGAAGAGACUCCCCUGGAUGUGUGCAUGGAGGAGGAGGUCAGAGCCAAACUAAUGGACCUCAAGCACAAACACGACGCCAUCAUGAAAAGCCAGGACCGUCACAAGGGUACCUUGCAAAGACGAGCUUCUAGUACCGGCAGCAGAGGGAAAGUGGUGCGUCGUGUCAGUGUGAAUGAGCGCUCCAGCCUGUACCGGCGGGAGCAUCACAAAGAGGCCAUGGUGUGGCAGGAGAGGGGCUGUGAGCCUGAACCGCAAGACGACGACGAGGACCGUCUGACAGAUAAUGAGCUUCACCAGCAUGCUGGAGGGGGAGCCUCGUCACACGCGGAUGAGCCAGAGGCUACCGUCAGCAGUAGCAUUUCAAGCUUAGGCAAUGGAGGGACAUCCGUUUCCCUGGCCUCUUCUGUGCCCGGAGAGCAGUGGAGCGGCGGCGGUCGCACGGAACGCAGCGCCUCCUACCAGCUCAACUCAGCAUCAGGGCCCGUAGACGAAGAAGGCUCAGACAGUAUGACUCGGGAAAAAUCCCACCACACGUUGGCCGACCUGAAACGACAGCGGGCGGCAGCCAAGCUCAAUAAGUACCCGGCCCCUCCGCCGCCUUUGACCCCACCAAUAGAAGAGGAGACCCCUGCCGCUGCGUCCGAGGCGACGGGUCCUGCGGCACAGCAGACGCGACCUCCGGGGGCACGGCACAGCACAGAGACAGCAGCAUCCCCCAGUCAGGUGUUCUUCACACCAGCCAGUGGAGAUCCUCCACUACUGAAACUGCGAGCCCCUGAGGAGGAGCAGUCUACCAACAAGGAGCCAUGCUGUGGACUCAUGUAGGGACACAGAAGUUGGACAGUUUUUACACUCCAAUGUGGCUCACGAUUGUUAUCCUUACACUUUCCUCCCACUUCAUGAGUUGAUUGCAUGGUGCACUUUUUUUCAAUCUUCACUCAUACUGUGUUCUUCACGAAAGCCUGACAAUAAUGUCAACAUUGCAUAAGUUGACUGAAUAUGAAUGACUAAAUAAAAACUUGUGACUUAUUAUUAAAUAUUGAACAUAUGAGCUUUAA